AAAAUAUAAACUAUGCUUAAUUUGUCAAGGAAUGAAUUAGGUAUGUGCUGGUGUUCCAAAAUUCUAUCUUGUUGUAUUAUUUCAUUUGAUUUUGUUUCGUUUGUUGCUAUAAUGUGGUCUGCUCGCAUUAAUUGCUCUCCAACUCUAGAAAUUGGUACACCUGCCUUUACCGACUUCAUAGUGUGUUUUGGAAUGUAUGAGGAACUCUCUCAUGUUGUCGUAGUAGAGAAAUUCCAAGGUAGUACUUGAAAGGAAGAAAGCUUUGAUUAGGGUUGAAGGAUCUUGAAAGAGGAAGAGAGCAUGACUCAAGAAAGACUUCAUGAGGGAUCCAAAGAUUUGUCCACUUACAGAUGGUAGGGCCUUCGAUGUGGCUAAGCUUGGUGCCAAUGAGUGGUACUUCUUCAGUUUUCGGGACCGGAAAUACGCUACUGGCAUGCGUGCAAAUCGAGCAACUAUCUCUGGUUAUUGGAAAGCUACAGGAAAAGAUCGCCCGAUUUUCAACCCCAACACGCAAGUGAUCAUAGGCAUGAGGAAGACUUUAGUUUUCUAUCGCGAAAGAGCUCCGAACGGGAUAAAGACGGGUUGGGUCAUGCACGAAUUUCGUAUAGAGAGCAACCAAACUGCUCCUAAGGAGGAUUGGGUUUUAUGUAGAGUUUUCCACAAGAACAAAGGAGGGCCAUCCACCAAAUUUAGACUUGAAUUUGAGCAAGACAACAUUGGCAGCUCUUCUCCAAAUUUGGGGACAUCUCUUCCAAAUACUAUUCAGCAAAGCAUGCAAAAUGGGUAUGAUCAAAUGAUCUCAUUCUCCAAUAUCCCUUCCCAAGAGGUAGACAACAGCCCUCCAAAUACAAUGCUAAAUUUGGCUUUGUGGCGCUAUAAUUUUCUUGGGUUCCCACAAGAUGUGGACAACACACCUAUAGUUAGCAGCAUGAAUACUAAUGGUGGAGAUGAUGAGUAUGGAUUUUUAUUGGAUAUGGCAUUGGAGGGCCAUGGUUUGGGGAUUGGUGGGCCUCUAAACCUAGAUCAAAGGAGGUUGGAGGAUGAAAAGAAAAAGGAUCGUCUUCUUUAGAUUGGCUUUUGGAUGUGUCAUUGUGAUGUGUAAUUUGGAAAUUGUGAUUUUUUUUUUUUUUGGGGGGUUUUGGGAUUAGAUAAAAAAUGUCUUUAUUUGUUGGGAUGAUAUUUUUUAAUAU